GUAGGCAACUACGGCAUGCUGGAGUAUAUAUGGGACAGUGGUGGCCAUCAGCCGGCACACUCUCAGUCGCUCCGACUCGGGAACCAGAGCAUCAGCGGAGAUAGCAAGGCUUUACUUCGCCCUCUCAGGCUAACUCGCUUUGGGCUUUGGUUCAGGAUGGACAACUCUUCUAUUUCUCGGAGCCGACGAAGCUCCAUCAUGCGCAACUGCAAAAACGGUCUCUCCCUCUGGCUGGUGGUCUGGCUGGUCCUCGGCAAGCCAAAUCCGGCGUCGGCGUGUCCGCACCACUGCGUGUGCUACCCGACACCAAUGACUGUGAGCUGCCAGGCGCAGAACUUCACCGCCGUCCCCGUGGGAGUGCCGUACGAGUCCCAGCGCGUGUUCCUCCAGAACAACCGGAUUACGGAGCUCAGAGUUGGCUCUUUUGGCUUCGGAACUCAGGUUCUGUGGCUGUUCUCCAACAACAUCACAUGGAUUGAGGCAGGUGCUUUCAGUGAGCUGAGGGACUUGGAGGAGUUGGAUCUGGGAGACAACCCCGGCCUUCACAGGCUUGAGGGGGGAGCUUUCCGCGGCCUUGAGAAGCUCCAGAGCCUCCACAUGCACCGCUGCCGGCUCACUGCCCUGCCCCAUGACAUCUUCCACAAGCUUUACAGCCUACAGUUCCUCUACCUGCAGGAAAACAACCUUCACUUCCUGCAAGAUGACAUCUUUUCUGACCUCAUCAACCUGAGCCAGCUGUUUCUCCAUGGCAACCGGAUCCGAACCCUCUCAGAGAACGUGUUCCGUGGCCUGGUCAACCUCGACCGGCUUCUCCUCCAUGAUAACCGCGUCCGUCAGGUGAACCGCCGCGCCUUCCGCGAUCUGGGCCGCUUGACGAUGCUUUUUCUCUUCAACAACUCCCUGGCCGAGCUGCCAAGCCAGACCCUAAGGGACACCCAGGGCAUCGAGUUUCUCCGCCUCAAUGCCAACCCAUGGUCCUGUGGCUGUGAGGCUCGUGCCUUGUGGGAGUGGUUCCGUGAGGCUCCCGUCUCAUCAUCCGAGGUGAUCUGUGCCUCUCCUUCCAUCCGCCGUGGCCAGGAUCUCCGCUUCCUCCGAGAGAUGGACUUCGCCCUCUGCCCCCUGCCUGACCCUGGCUCCAUCGCUGGCUCCACCACCACCACCUUCAGCACCAAGACCCGCUGGUGGUUCCACAAAAACAAGCCCCAGUCAUCCACAAAAGGCAUUUUUGAGAAGUCGUCAGAGACUGUCAAGGCUGGCUUGUAUGGAAAAGGUCCUUCCACAACCACCUCAGUGGUCAAGUAUGAAUUGGCGGAUGAAGAGCUGGCUCUGCCCAAACUUGACCCUGAAGAGUACUGGGCAAACUACGGCAAUGAAGACUCAGGUGUCACAGUGCGGUGCUUUGAGCUUGAAUGUCCACCUGAGUAUGAUUUGCCUCCAUCUUCCUCUCCUCCCAGAUCAUCCUCACCCUCUUUACUCUCUCUACUAGCCCUCUCUGUCUUCACCAUCUGCCUCCACCUACUAUUUGGCUGAAUUGAACUCUUAGUGCCACACCCCUUCCCUUCCAGCCUGUUUUAGAGGCUGAAGGAACCCUGUUAGACUCUUUAUACCCCCUUUGCCCACUCUGCUGUCAGGUUUUCCUCAAGGAACAGCAUGGGAGAUUGGGGGAAUGGCUAGAUUUUUAAUCUACCACCUAUAGGGCUUAACACUUAUUCAGGACUGCUAAGAGUUCUUCAUCUACAAUCAUCUACAAUGAUCAACAGGUAUGGCUUUCUGUGCCUUACCUGCAUUACGACUCCCUGCGAGCAGGGCUACGAGGGCUGAGUCCAUCACCAGUAAGAAGGCAAUUUGAUAGCAGUUGUGUACGAUGUUGUCAAUUCUGUCACCUCAACUUUAGUCAAUACUACUAGUGCUAUUAGUGCAUCCAGUUAUCUGGCUGCUAUGAAUACUACGAUUACUGUUAGAAACAGUGUACAGUAAUUACACUACUGUAACCACUUAAAGUGUCAUGUAAAUAGGUUUGUGUUGUGAGUGGCUGACUUUGUGGUCCAGCGCAAUCACUUUUCAUUUGGAUCCAGAAAAACUGUGAAGGCUUGUGCCUCUACUUGACAGAGCACCAUGCACAGUGAAGCAGGGAAGAGAUAGGAGCACAAAAAUACUGUGAAGACAAAGACGAUAGAGGGGAAUUCAAGAUGACAGGGACAACAAAUGGGAAGGAGGGAGAGUGUUUGAGCAACAAUAAGAGUGGGAGAAGGUCAGUGCUGGCAGUAGAAGCAGCAACCUGCAGGAGAUAAGUAAUAAAUCUGGUUCAUCUGUAGUCCUCCAUUCGCCACCGUCUGUAAAUAUGGUGUUGUUUAGCGACAACCACAUGGAGAGAAUGCUUUCUUUCGGAAAGCUGGAGAUUUUUGAUUUUGGAUGUCUUUCUGUGACAUAUUGAUAUAAUGUGUGAUGAUUGUUAACUUGAAUGCCAAUGAAUGAUCUUGAUAUAAAAGAUAUACUGAAUA